GGGGGCCAGGUGGUGUCGCGAGACCAAUCAUAGCCCGCUCCCACUCGCGACACCUGUGCUCCCUGACGCGUGUCCCUUGCGCGUCCUUGAUAAAACCAACCUGCUUGCCGCCGUGGUCUACUCGCACCGCGCCGAGAAAGUAGCACUCGGUGUAGCUGAGACUAGUCGCAGGCUCGCAGCCGUUCUGUUCUGCUUCCGCCGAGGUGCGUGGUGUAUGAUGGAGAGGAAGGGAGGGUGCUGCUUGGCGCCGAGGGCCGCCCAGGCAGGCCAGGGGUGGCACAUGGGAAGGGCCAUGCUGAAGUUUAGGCCCAUCGCGCCAAAGCCGGCGGCGAUGUCGCCUGCGCCGAUGCCGGCCGUGCCGGCUGGGAAGGGGAAGGGGAAACGGAAGGCGGUUGCAGGGCCAGGGGGCACUGGGAGGAGGGGACCGAAGCCCAAGAAGUCGGCCACUGUGGCUGCACCGACGACGCAAAAGUUGGACUAUGUGCAGGACAAGCCUUUGUCCUCGCCGUCGUCCUCCUCGUCGGGGAUGACGUCCGUCGACUCGUCGCCUCCUCCACCCCUGCCUGCAACCCUGCCGCUCAUGCCUGCGCUGCCGGCAGAGGAGGGGUUCGGUGGGGCGGCGCCGGUGGCGAAUCUGGCGUCUGCCCACGUUGUCAGACAGCCGCAGGCCCUGCGGCAAGUGGUGUCCUGGGUGACGGUUGAGGACGUUACAAGCAUCUGGCGCGACGGCGAGGCGCCGUAUGCUGCGGCCUGCGGCGGCGACGAGGCCCCAACGUUCGUGUCCGACCAGUGCGGCCGCGUCACGUGGACAAACGUGGCUUUCAACCGGGCAGUGUCCGGUAGGGAGGACGCCGACGCUACCAUGGCCCCAUCGGCGGCUGCUUCCGAGGUGCGGGUGGUGCUCGCCGCCAAGGAUGGCGCCCCCGUGCCGGCGUGGGGCUCAUGUGCCGGUUUCACCUGUCGGGUGCGCGUCCCGUACGCAUGCCCUCGCCGAGGUUCCCUCGUGGCCCCGUGCGACGUGUGGCGGCUAGACGCUGGCGGCUACCUCUGGCGGCUCGACCUUCAGGCCACCCUCAGCCUCUCCCUCGGCGGCUUCAUUUGACUGCGUAACUGCGUACGCAUUCCUUGUACGGAGACCAGACGUAUGAACCAAUCAAAAUCAUGUGUUAGUCUGCGCUAUGAUUAUGGUAUUAAUUUAGCAGUCAUGACUCGUUACCAGAUUUGGUAUACUCUUAUUAUGAACUGAACUAGGAGUAGAGUAGUUUAAGUAAGAAGAGGGGCAGAGAUGCAAGCGCAAAAGAUUUCUUUCUAACAAUGGUAGGGUCCCCCAGAUCGGAUUUGGGGAGGGAAGUGCUGGCCAGAUCGGAUUUCCCUCAGAUUCAAUCUGGCCUUGGGGUUGAGUUCGUUGCACGGCAGUCACCUGGAGCGGGUGAAGGCCGUCGUGCUGGAUUCAGCCCUUGCACGGCAUGGUUAGCUGCUGCGGCUCCUCGUUUGAGUGGUUUGUGGCUGUUGGUCGCGUUCUCUCGGCAGUGCGGGUGCGGGAGGACCUCGGUUGCACGGCUUCGAUGGCAAGUUGCUACGGUGACGGCGGUGCGAGACUUCAUGGUCGGUUCUGCCUAUAUCUGGAGGUGCGGAGAUGCGUGGCAUUACGGAUGAAAGUCCUGCCCGGUUGUGGCCGGGCCGGCGGCGAUGGCACCCGUGGGUGUCGUUUCCCUCCUUGAAGGCGUCGCCGAGUGUGUCGCCAUCUUCCUCGCUCGCUUGGUGUUGGCAAUUGUCUCCGGGUGAAAGCCUUGAUCUGGUGCUGGAUCGGCACGAUGGCAGUGUCUUCAACAUUGUCCCUCUGUUGGGUGCAUCGUGCCAGAGACAUGGUCUGGUUGUCCCAUGUUGCGCUCCUCCGGUGUUCGCCGCUGCACGUAAUCGCUCACGUCGGUGUUAUGUACGAUCUUCGCGGUGAUUUCAAGACGACGUCUUCCUCGGGUCAGAUCGGGUCCUGCCAUCCUCUUGCCAUCUCCUUUAGGCAUUAAGGGAGGAUGGUGCAUCGACAAGAGAUGCUUGGUGGAAGUUGCUGCUCUUCGGUGGUGAUCGUUGUCGGUCGAGACGCGGCAAGGUUUUCGGUGUUGGGCAGGCUCUUUUGCUUUGUAGUUGUGUGGUUGUUGGUGGCUGUCUUUGGACUAGCCGGAUGUGGAGUUGGUGCUAAGCUUGUUGUUCGCAGCAAGUGUUAGUUGUCUUAUAAUUGUUUUCUCUUUUAUAAAGCUAUGGUACGCAUUU